UAGGUCCACUACAAUUCAGAACUAGUUUUUUUUGUCGUAAUACUCACAAAUCUUUCCGUUCCCCCAAACACGCCCUCUUAUCUCCAAACAAAAAACCCCAAACAUCAUUUCGCUACUAACCACUCUCAGUCUCGUUCAACAGUACAAUAUGUAAAUGAUAAAAUUGGAGCUUGUCUAUACGUUUUGAGGAUGUGACCGUGCCAAAUAUCAUUAUAAAGAAUUGAGUUAUUUCUAACUAGCCUCCCAUCCAGUUAGGCACUGGAUUCCAUAGGAUAAAAGCUUAUCAAGAGUAGAGUUUCCUUGCAAAAUCUGGUUAAGAAUCUCUACUCAGGUGCAUGGCAAUGGUGAUCUCUUCUGUUCAUGCCACACUAUUUGCCAGGACCUCUUUCUUUUGCCAAAGUAAUGGCCUAAGAAGCUUUAGAUUGUGUUUACCUUUCUCAUCUUCAGCCGCUUCUGUCUCCUCUGACAAUCUUUCACGGAAGAAAUGGAGGCAGCCAGUGUUAUCAGUGUUAGAUCUUGGUGGAGUCAAGAUAAGCAGAGAAGAUGUGAUGAGGGAUGAUCCUACAAAUAAUGUGCCAGACAAUAUAUUUUCAAAGCUAGGAAUGCAGCUUCACAGGAGGGAUCAACACCCUCUUGGGAUACUGAAGAAUGCUAUAUACGAGUAUUUUGACACAAAUUAUUCAAAUAACUUCAACAAGUUUGAUGAUCUUUGUCCUAUUGUUUCAGUGAAGCAGAAUUUUGAUGAUGUCUUGGUUCCUAAAGAUCACGUAAGUAGGAGCUAUAAUGAUACUUACUACAUAGACCCUCAAACUGUUUUAAGGUGCCACACAAGUGCUCAUCAGGCAGAAUUAUUGAGAAGUGGAUACACUCAUUUCCUUGUUACAGGAGAUGUUUACCGUAGAGACUCAAUUGAUUCAACUCAUUAUCCAGUCUUCCAUCAAAUGGAAGGCUUUCGGGUUUUUGCUCCAGAAGAAUGGGAGGCAUCUGGAAUGGAUGCCACAUUAUAUUCAGCAACAGACUUAAAGAAGUGCCUUGAGGGUCUAGCACGCCAUUUAUUUGGUGCUGUGGAAAUGCGCUGGGUGGAUACUUAUUUCCCAUUUACGAAUCCAUCGUUUGAACUUGAAAUAUAUUUCAAGGAGAAGUGGUUGGAAGUUCUGGGGUGUGGAGUGACAGAACAAGAGAUUCUGAAAAGUAAUGGGAAAACUAAUAAUGUUGCUUGGGCUUUUGGCCUAGGGUUGGAGAGGUUAGCUAUGGUUCUAUUUGACAUACCUGAUAUUCGUCUCUUUUGGUCAAAUGACGAGAGAUUUACCUCCCAGUUCUCCAAGGGUCAGCUAGGAGUCAAAUUUAAGCCAUUUUCGAAGUAUCCUCCUUGUUACAAGGACAUGAGUUUCUGGAUCAAUGAAUCAUUUACAGAAAACAAUCUGUGUGAAGUUGUCAGAGGGAUAGCUGGGGAUCUCGUAGAGGAGGUGCAAUUGAUAGACAAUUUCACCAACAAGAAAGGAAUAACCAGCCACUGCUAUAGGAUUGCAUAUAGGUCUAUGGAACGUUCUCUUACGGAUGAGGAAAUUAACGAUCUGCAGUGGAAAGUAAGAGAACAAGUGCAGAGCAAAUUGAAUGUUGUCUUAAGAUGAGCUUUAAAUGGUGAUAAUUUUCAGCUUUGCAGUGUUUGAUCUCAAUUUUGUUAAUGUAUAGUUGUUUUAUCUUACAGCUUUAGACACAUGUAUUAUUUAACUUCUGCAUAGUGAAUAACAUACACUACAUAGCGAACCAUGACUAGCCCACAGGAAUCUGCAUUCUCUAUUUUCCUUGUGAACAUAAUGCUGUCAUGUUUUGUUGGAAAAAUUGCUUUGUUAAAAAUUGCCGAACCCUACACAUGAUAUGGUAUUUCCGCCAACAAUAAAAUGUUUUCGUGUUUCAUGACACAGCACUGAUAUGAUCUUACAGGAAAAUAAAAGAAUCCUCAUUGCCAACAGUGGGCUUGUGGACUAUUGUUUACAUUAGGGAUCCAUCUUUUUGUCUAAAUGUACGUAAGAGAUGUUUCGAUUUGUGCUAUUCAGGAUAUGCCAAAGGAAUGUAUGUAGUGACAGUUGCUAAGCUUCUGUGAUAGCAAGGUUUCGUAUAAA